AUGGUGUCAACCAGGAGAAUAAGAGCACGGGGAAAAAACACUACCACCAUUGCCAGAGAAAACAGGAACCCUGAUGUUAGCAGUGACAAUGGAAGGACUGUACAGAAGGGAAAAGGAGUGGAUUCAGGAGCAAUGCCAGGGUAUGAACAGUUCAGGGACCAGAGGAUCAAAGAGAACAAGGAAAGAAUGCAGAAGUUGGGUCUUUUUGGCCUUUCUCUUAAGCUUAAGGCACAGCGAGGCCGACCUAAGAAAACCCCAGGAAAUGUUGCUUCUGAGAAGGAACCUCUUAUCCCUUUGCCUGUCUCUGCCUCCCCGAGACGCUCUUCUAGGUUAAAAAGCAUGGCUUCAAUUAAUUAUAUGGAAAUACAGCCUAAAAGUAAGAAGGAAGCCUCUAUGGAUGUAGAAAUUCAAUUGCGAGAAGGUUCUAAGCCAGAAAUAUACACGGAAGAAGAUGAGAAGCUAUUGGGUGACUUUAAGAGUACUUGGACUCUACACCUGGAUGGAUGUGGCGAUGAUGGGAAGCGCGUUUAUGAUCCAGAGAUGGGAGAAACAUGCCAUCAAUGCAGGCAGAAAACUCUUGGUCGGCAUACCCAUUGCAACAAAUGCAACUUGGUCCAGGGGCAGUUUUGCGGAGAUUGCUUGUUCAUGAGAUAUGGAGAGAAUGUGAUUGAAGUUGACCAAAAUCCAAAUUGGAUUUGCCCUGUUUGUCGAGGAAUUUGUAACUGCAGUCUUUGCCGGCAUGCAAAAGGAUGGGCACCCACUGGGAAUCUCUAUCGAAAGGUUAUAAGGCUCGGCUUUAAAUCAGUUGCACACUAUCUCAUUCAAACACGUCGAGCUCAAAUACACUCGGAUGACUCUGGUGCUGAAAGUUUGGUCUCUGAAGAGGGAGAACUGUCCUCAGCAGAUAAAGGAUCACGGCCUGUCACCUGCAACGAAUCUCUAAAUGCAGAUGAGCUCCACCAUGCAAACCUAAUUGGAGACCCCAUUCUUGAUGAAUUUCCCAAUCCUCAUCCUGAUGGAUAUGAAGAAGGGGUACAGAAAGUGAAUUGCUUUGAUGGUAGCAAGCAUGCUGGUGUCAGUGAUGGAUAUGAGGAUGAUGAUGGUGAUAACACUGUCAAUAAUGAUAACAAGUUUAAGGAAAAGAAUGAAACCACUGCAAUGCAGGAAGUUAGCGAUUCAAAAAUAGCCUUUGUCUCGACUUUGGCAAUAUCUGUAACCCUUCGUUUGAACAUUGGAAUGGCUAUACUGCUAUAUUAG